AUUACUUCCUUAUUAAAGGAUGGCUUUUCCUUGCAGAAACAGGAUAUUUUGGCGAGAAGAAAAUACAGUUAAAAGAGUCAGCGAAUUGUAAAAGAUUUCUGAUAGAAAAUGUCCUGGGAGCCAAAAAAGUGGUUGUUUUUGUCGGCGAUACUUUUGAUUUCUCCUUUGCUGAUAAACUGUUCUCCUCUGCAGGAGGGAAAGGCUAAUGUUUGCAAGAAAACAUGGUCAGUUAAGGAGAGAUAUAAGGCGAAAUGUAAAUUCUUUAACUGGGGCCGGUGUACCAGAUACAGAACCAUUUAUAAAUCUGAACUAUACUGUUGCCCCGGAUACAGAAGCGAACCAGAUGAUCCCACAUCCUGCAAAUACGCUAUUUGUGAUGGUAAAACAGAUUACGGUGGGGCCGCCUGCACAUUGCGUUACUCUGGUGAUGGAAUUUUGAAGCGGAACCAUCCACUGGUGCGUGACAGUGGGGGAAAAUGCUCCUCCCCGGAGAAGUGUACAAGUUGUAAUGAUGGCUUCUAUGCAGACGGACCUCAGUGUAAAAUUUGUCCUCCUAUUGCAAAUUGCAACCACAGGAAAUGUACUUCACCGGGGGAUAACAUCUGUGUUUACUGUGAGGGGGAGGUGGUGGAGAAGGAUUAUUACAGAGCUUACACACCAGUCCCCAGUCAGAAAAAGAAAUGUGAAAAGGCCUGUUCCUGGAGAUCGGAUAGUACGAGGUGUUACCCAGGGAACUGUACUGAGGGCCUGGCCUCCCAGUGUAAUUGUACCCCGGGCUUCGAGGGAAUCCAUUGCGAAAAAAUUGUAACAGAGGCCUCAAUCAUGGAGAACGAGUGUAAAUUAGAAGAUCCGACAGGGAGUAUCUUGGCAAACCCUGCCGAUUUGAACGAGGGUCCUCCGCAGCCCACCCGCUGGACCAACAACGUAAUCUGGGUCAGAGCAGUCACAAAAUGGGAUGCCUUCUUAAAGACUCCAGGAGACCCUCCAAUUAUCAAGGGAUUAGAUCAUUACGUCACUGACUUUAGAUAUGGAAUUAAAUUUGCAUCUACUAAAUUACGUCAAUUUAGGGGAGGAAGUAAAAUUGAUGAACUGAUUCACAUUUGUGAGGGGGUGUCAGAAAGAGCUCCAAACACGACAUCAUUUUCAUGCAAAAAAACCUUUUACAAUCAAGGACGCCCACUGCUGGAUUUGAAACACAAUGAUCAGUUAAUAUUCUAUCUCCAAGCCACAACAGGAGGUUAUGUAGAAGUGAAAAACCGAGAGGCCAAUAAUAUUAUAGACAAACGUCCUUUAGUGGGCAAGACAACAGAAAGAGAGUUUAAAUACCACUGGGACUUGGAGAAGCCUUAUCAUAAUUUAGUUGAAGAUGUUGAUUAUCCACCAUUCCUAAGUGUUCCAGAUUUAACAGAAAAUCCAAAAGUUGACAUGACAUGGGGAGGCUGGACAGAUGAUUUGUCAGGGCUGGAGAAGUACCAGUAUGAAGUGUAUAAGCUAGGGCAUAAUGGGAAACUGUUAGGAGAGCAGCAAGGAAAGAUAAUCAAAAUGCCAACUGAUAUAGCACUUAAUGCUACAGGGGAAUCCUUUGACUUGCCAGCACCAGGGAUGUACUCUAUUCAUUUCUCAGCAUUUGACAAAGCAGGAAACAACAAAACUGGAAGAAAAGUCCUACUCUAUGACAACACUUCUAAAGUUACCACCAACCCUACAAAGGUCACAAGGGUCACCACAGCUACCAUGGAAACAAAUUAUGAAUGGGUUACCAAGGAUACCAGUUAUGUGGAUGUAAUGUGGGAGGACAGAUUUCGUAAUGAAGAACAUGAAAAGAAGCGAUGGCUUAACAGAGUUGCACUAGCCACAGGAGUGGAAUCAAAAUACGAUGAUCAUUAUGGAGAACGACAAAGCAAGGAGAUUGCAAAUGUUCAUGCGUUGGUGGAUUUUAAAGUGGCAUAUAAUGUUACUGAUUCAACUAGUACUGUGGACUCCCAAGAUUUCACAUCAGUGCCCUCUAUCUUUAAGCAAGGUGACAAGCUUAAUUUACCAUGGACAGAUGGUAACAAGUUGGAGGUCACUGUACGUGCUAUAGACGUGCUGGGUAAAUAUUUGGAUGAAUUGGUCACAGUUUACAGAGAUGCAUCGCCCCCUCACAUUGAAGAUUUGUGGCUGACACGUGGAGAUAGAUUGAAUGUCAGCGUUCAUAGAAUCGAAGACUUUACGGAAAUGACGAUAGAGUGGAUUGCGUAUGACCAUCACAGUGGACUGAACAACAUUGCCUGGAGAUUGUUUGAUAACGUCACAGGGAUAGAUGUACUGCAUGGGCAGGAGGAUAUCCCAGCUCAAGGAAUGGCCAAUGACACACAAGAUUGUGAAUCAAAAUAUGGAAGCUAUGCUAGAGGAGCUAACUGUUAUGAAACUCCAUUCUGGGGAGCCUACCACAAACACUUUCAGGUGAAACCAAUAAUUGCAUCAAACGGAGGACUGAUAGACGGAAAACAUAAAGGUGUGCAUGAUUCUGAUUAUUACCUGGAGGUGACCGCCACUAACAAGGCCAAACUGACCACCAUACUGUCCAAGAAGAUAACAAUAGACACGUCCCCUCCCCACACUGGGGUGGUAGAGGACGGGGUACCAGGAGGGGGUGAGGUGGACUACCAGCAGAGUAAGACCCUGACCGCCCACUGGGAGGGCUUCUUUGACAGAGAGAGUGGGGUGCUCUUCUACCAGUAUGGAUAUGACAACAAAACUCUCACUGCCUCAGACUUUUCUUUGGAGGCUAGUGGAAAUGGUCAGAUUUUUGAGACCUACUCGAUGCAUGCCACCCACACUGUAACCACAGAGGGAGUGUAUUACAUCUGUGUUGUGGCCUAUAACCGCGCCCUAGAGCCCUCGGAACCUGUGUGUUCUGAUGGAGUGACGGUUACUACAGCAGUGCCAUCUGUACAGGAAGUGGGCGUAGAGGGAGCCAGAACCACUGGGGGACUUGUUACAAACGGGAAAGACUUCUGGAUUGUUAGCAGUAACAGAUUCCGCAGGUUGAUCAAAGGUCCCACACCAGAUUGCAUUUCCAAAGCUACAGUUUUAUUUGACCUUGACCUUUUACCUGCUGAGCACCAUGACAACGGUACAUUUGUGACAGUAAAUGGCAGUGUGUUUUGUGCUAACUCAACAGGAUCACCUGCUAAACUAAGUCCCACAUUAUCUAAAUCAUCACGGCUGUUUUUGAGUUGGCUACCAGUUGCUAACCCUGGCAGUGUCCUUGACUAUGAAGUGGGAUUUUCCUCGACAGCUGGGAGUCCUGCCCCUGACAUCAUGGCCUUCAGAAGUACCAAGCAGCACCCCCACAUCCACGUGUACCACACUGACGUUCCUGAUGGGUCUGAGUUUUACAUUAUCAUCAAAACGAUCAGCAAAGCCAACGUGGAGGGAACUCAGUCCAUUGGUCCUUGUUUUAUGGACACCACACCUCCAGUGUUUACAGGCCCUAUCAGUGUCACACACUCAAAUGGAUUCCUCAUCGCAUCAUGGGGAGCUGGUGCUUUUGCUGAUGCCCAGGAGCCAAACCAACUGAAGCUAGAAUUUGCUAUUGGACACAUGCCGAGACAAACAGAUAUACUGUCCUACAUUCCACUACAGAGUGGUGGAUCUUGUGUGGUGGGAAACCCUCCGACCUGUACAGCCAUUGGUGUAUCUGAUACAGAGUGGAGACUUCACGGUCAUCAGACAUAUUACGUCACCGUCAAGGCAGAGAAUUCUGCUGGACUCUCAACAUAUGCUGUAGCUGAACCUUAUGUUCAUGAUGUACAGCUGGCUACCAAGGGAGUGGUGUUUGAUAUCCAAGCAUCUAAUCUAGGUCAAAUGUCUUUCACUGAUAUAGAGGAUGUCGAUUUCACCACAACAAAAGACAGUCUGACGGCCCACUGGGAGGGCUUCUCUCAUCCCCACCUCAACGUGACCUACAAGUUCCAGGCAGGUACCACUCCAGGUGGUGCAGAUGUGGUGCCUUCUGUAGAUGUGGGAUCUGUGGAGUCUUAUUCUGCUACUGGUCUAAGUCUACAGAAUUUCAAGACCUACUAUGUGACGAUAACAGCUGUUACCUUGUCAGGCAGUGUGAAUGUGACCUCUGAUGGGGUCACGGUUGUUCAGGAGGGGGCUGUGUUAUCUGGGAUAGACAUCAAUGAUGGCGAGCCAUGCACCAUGACAGUUGACAAUGGUACACUGUUCAAACACCAUUAUGAGGACAACAGAAAGAGAUGUGAGAAUGACACUGACUUCCAGGCCUCUACAAACUCACUGCAGGCCCACUGGCAGGUUCCCAAGGAAAUGACAUUGUAUACUCCUGAUGCUCAUUUUGCUGUUGAGGAAAAGUUAGCUGGCAAUAUGUGGAGCACUAUAAGGGAAUAUGAACAUAUCAGCAAGCAUAAUGAAGCCAAAGUGACAAACUUGGACCUUAAACCUGGGAAAACCUACAGAAUGGCUGUCAAACUCUGUGCCAUAACCACGUGUUAUGAUCCACUGUACAGCGAUGGAGUUACAAUACUGGCUAAUCCUCCUAAUAAAGGGAAGAUAACUGUGGAACAUCAAAAUACCACUCAAAGUGCUGGACUCAAGGAAAAGAUAAUUGUCAACAUGGAUAGAUUUUAUGACCCAGACAUACAAGAUGUAGUAGAUAAAUAUGAUGUAAUUGAUAAGUAUGAGUGGGCCAUCACUGACAACUCACAUGUAGGACGGACUCACACUGUGUGGUCAGAAGUGACAGGGAUUACAGUAACACAGGCAGGAAAAGGGAUGCGGUUUGAAGUUGAGCUAGAAGGGGAGUUUGACUUCUCUAAAUGUCGUCGAUUCGCCGUCCAUGGAUAUAACAAGGCUAAGCUCUUCUCCUCCGUCUCUGUGGACAUUAAGGACUGUGAAGCUUUCGAUCCAAUACUGAUCAAACCCAAACAUGUACUGGAUGCUGUAGGCCAACCAGAGGCAGACAGAGAUGGUUAUGGAGAGGCAAUUUUCCUUGAGAAGAAUGCUCGCUGGCCAGUGGCAGACAAGGAUUAUACUCCUAACAUGAACUACCUGUCAGCGGUGUGGCCACAGCUUAGAUACAGGUCCUAUGUGGUGGCAGUACUAAACGCCAGAACACUGGACGCCACCACCUACUAUCAGCAGACUAAUGAACUGACCCUCUCUGAUCCCUGUAGUCACCCUGAUGCCAUAAAAUGUAGCACUGUAGAUGGGAGAGAAUAUGUCAACUUCAAAUUCAACCCUGGUGAAUUGGUGCAUGGACAGAGAUACGUAAUUUGUAUCCACACGGUGUAUACCGAGAUAAAAUUUGAGGAGUGGACCCAAGUCCUGCCAGAGCUAAACACCUGUAGUGAUGGUGUAGUGGUGGAUCUAACACCUCCCACACCUGGUAAGGUGUGGAUAGGGAAUGUCCCAGACACAAGGUUCCAGACCUCUACCACAGAUAUGUACAUCAACUGGCAGACAUUUGAAGAUGUAGAAGAAAUAAGUGCCAUAUCACACUCAACAGGCAUCCAAGAUUACCAACUAGGCAUAGGUACCACAAUAGGAGGGAAUGAUGUGGUGGCUUUCCACAGUGUUGGGGUGGUGAACCAUGAGGUUCUACAUGGCCUCCACCUACAGUCCGGCCAUACUUAUUAUGCUACAGUCAUAGCCAUGGACUAUGCAGGAAGAACAACAACAGUGACCUCUGACCCUGUAGUCGUGGAUACAUCCCCUCCACAAAAAUCUGAUUUGUCCAUCACAAUUACUGGAAGGCACUUUGUGUCGAAUUCUGAAAUAGAGGCUUGCUGGAAGAAUGUCUUCAUUGAUCCUGAGAGCACCAUAGAUCAUUAUAUGUGGGCAAUCGGUUCAGAACCAGGGUAUGAUGAUGUGAUGGAUUUCACCAGAGAAGAAUCCGAGUGUGGAGAAAAUAAUCCACUAAAUCCACUGGAUCUAAAAGAGGGCCAUGCUUACUACAUCACCGUCAAGGCAAUCAACAAGGCAGGUUUAAUGUCAUCAGGCAGCUCUUGGGCCUAUAGUGUUGACCUAUCACCACCUGUGGCUGGUCACAUUUAUGAUGGAGUCCUAGGACCUAACCAUACUGACAUUGACUUCCAGACUGACAUGUCAUCAUUAAAUGUUUACUGGGAAGGAUUCCAUGAUCCCCACUCCGCCAUUAAGGAAUAUUACGUCAGUGUAGGCACCUGUCCUGCCUGUAGUGAUGUCAUUGGCAGACAAGCUCUGGGAAUCGUGAAUUCCUUCCGGCUAGAUCACGUCCACUUUGGAGCUGGGUUGAUCUAUUACACGUCCCUGACAGCUUGUAACACUGCAGACCUCUGUACCACUGUGAUGACUGAUGGAGUGAUGAUGGACAACAGUCCACCCAGUAUGGGGCUAGUGAUGGAUGGAACAAAAGAUCAGGACAUCGAGUAUCAGUCUAUCAGAACUUACAUAGGAGCUAAAUGGCAUGGCUUUGUUGACCCUCAGUCUGGACUUGACCACUAUGUGUGGUGGGCAGGGACCACCCCUGGAGGAAACGAUAUCCUCCCAGAAAAAGAAGUCCACCUGACUACAACUGGGGUGGUGUUUAAUUUGUCACCAGAACUCCCUAUUGGGAAACGUGUUUAUGUUUCAGUCAGAGCAUAUAACAAAGCUGGUUUAUUUACUGCCUCAACUUCAAAUGGUUUCUUGGUGGACACCACUGCUCCAGUCAUUUCUAUGGGUCCUAGAUUUGCCUCGGACUUCAGCCUCGUGUCAGAUACACAGUUCUACAGGACCCUGAUGAAGGUGGAGUGGUCAGUGAGUGACCCAGAAUCCCACAUAGAGAGACAAUAUCUCUCUGUAAAGUCUCACAUUGGGGGAGAGUUUGAUCUGGCAUCCACUAAGGUGAAUGGAAUUGCAAGAGACUUUAUCCUGACAGGUAUGAAGUUACAUGAUGGAGUGACUUACUAUGUGACUCUGAUAUCUUGUAAUGGCGCCCAGAUCUGUAGUUCUGCUACCACUAAGGGUUUGAUUGUGGAUACCACCCCUCCAUCCAGAGGAAUGUUUGCUAUUGAAACUGACCAUGCUGCUAACUUGACCAGACACAGUGCUGGCUGGAUGACUUGGGAGAAGACGGCAGUCAAUCUGGCCUGGCUGGGAUUCUCUGACCUUCACUCUCAGAUCUCCCAUUACUACAUCAAUGUAGGCUCAGUCUUCAUGGGCAAUGAUAUGAACGAGGAGCCAGGUCGACCAACAAGAGUGGAAUACAAGAAUACUGGAGAAGAUAAGUAUGAUGAAGGAAUCGUACAGACUUCUAAAGUAAAAACCAGUAGUUACGACUCCAGUCAGAAAUACCUGUAUAUCAGCAUGUGGGCAGUUAAUAAGGUAGGGUUGAGCAGUCCAAUCAUACACUCCCAGUUUGAGAAGAUCCCAGGGGGUGACCUAUUUUUAAUUCGACGGUGUGAAGCUGUGACCUGUGAGGGGCAUUGUGUGUGUGCCCCCCAAGAUAAAGUCUGUCACCCUCCACAAACAGCAUGCCAGGAUAUAUCCUCAAAUAAUCAGAACAACAUACUACAGGUGUAUGAUGUAGCUGGGAGUGGCACCAGUGAUGUAGAUUACACCCCGUCUAAUGUCGUUUUACAGGGACAGUGGGCCAUUGUCAACAACUUUGGAAAUCCCCCUCAGUGGUAUCAAUGGAGUGUGGGGUACACAGAAAAAUCCUCCCCAGAGGGAAUAUUUAAUCAGGCUACAGAGAGAAUAUGGCAUGAUGCUGGACGAAAUAUGAAACAAAUCUUUUUAACAAAAUAUGGUAUUUCUCUCAAGGAAACAGUCAAAUAUUCCUUCUUCCUAAAAGUGUGGUAUGAUGAAAACACUUAUGCAGUGUUUAAGUCUGACGGAGUUACCAUUGCUACACAGAAACCUGCAGUAACAAAUAUAAGGGGCAGUGCAGUGAGAGAAAAAAUGUUGGGAAGCAAUUUUGUAGAUCAAGAUUUCAUGAAGGGAGGGUUUCCUUUCACAGUUGAGUGGAACAGUAAAUUCCUUGAUGCUGAGAAUGCCAUCAAGACAUUCCAUCUGUACAUCAGUACAUAUCCAGGAGGUCAUGACAUUUUGGACAUUGGUGAAGAUCUACAAGGUACACAAACAUCAUAUAACGUGAUGCGGUCGUCCAUUCUCCUGCCAGGAAUUACCUACUACAGUAACAUCCAGGCUUACGGAUACUCUGACAUCCACCACACUGAGUCAUCCGAUGGAUUCAAACCAGACAAAACUAAACCUGUCACAGGAAUUGUGUUUGAUGGAAUAGGUUUACAUGACCUGGAGUUCCAGAAUACAUCAGAUAUAGUAGCAGCUCACUGGCAUGGCUUCUCAGACAUUGGUUCAGGUGUACAGCUUUAUAACUGGUGUGUGGGAUCCACCCCUGAUGUUGUCACAAAACAUAGAGAUGUGGAGUGUGGUUACCGAAGCUGGGAGACUGUAGGCUUACACAACUCUGUGUCCAGAACUUUACAGACACCACUCAAUCACAGCAGGACUUACUACAAUAAAGUGUAUGCUGUAGACAAUGUUGGCUACAAGUCUUCUGUGGUGGUCUCUGAUGGUGUCACCAUAGAUCUCACCCCUCCUGAGCCUCAGUAUCUCUUCCACACCGGCAACAACCUUCUGUCUAAUCCGUCCUUUGAGAUGUCCCCUAAUGUGCUGCAGUCAUCAGAUGUUAAUACCACCGACAUUUGUAAUGUGACCGUGGACUACCAGCCCAGCAGCUGGAAUGUGUCCUCCCUGGGAUGUGGGGCCGUCGUGUCCUCUGAUAAGAACCUGGCCAGAGACGGCAGAUCCUUCCUGUUCGUCCGGGGGAGUGUGACCCAGGCACUGACUGGACUGGUCAUGGGUGGACUUUAUAGGGUCAAUUUUUUCUCCAGCCAUCUAUCCAUUAGCAGUUCUACCCAGUCCAACAAAGAGGGGUAUAUACAAAUGGGAGACAAGAGACAUGUAUUCCUCCUCUACACCAAGCCUUACAGGGGAGAUGGCAAUGAUAAAAUCACAGCAAGGGAGGAAAUUUCCUGGCACAAGCACACCUUUUAUUUUAUAGCAAUGAAAAAAUCGGCUGAUCUUCAAGUGGGCAGUGUGGAUGAAAAGACAGGAAUUUUUCUGGAUCACAUGACUGUAGAGCAUGUGGAAAGGGACUCAAACAAUGGAACAAGUGGAUUACAUGUUCAGGCCCAUGUUGUUUAUCUACAUGAGUGGGGCUCUGUCCACGGAUCCUGGAGUUUUGUGGAGGACGUUAGCUCCAUUACAGAAUACCAGUGGGCUAUAGGCUACACAAGAGGAGGGACACAGUUACAGAAUUUCCAGAGUGUGGGACUCUCCAACUUUGCUUUUAACUCCCAAGUGACCUUGACUCAUGAUUCCUAUAUAUACAUCACAGCUGUGGCCCAGAAUUCAGCUGGUUUGAGGGGCAUUUCUUAUUCAGAUAAAAUUCUGGUAGACCUUACCCCUCCAAAAAUAGAAGAAGUCCUGGAUGGUGAUUUGUUAGGAGAAGACCUUGAUGCUUGGAAGGAGAACACGGUGUAUGUCAACUGGAAAGUUACAGAUGAUGAAUCUGGUCUGGACUACUGUGAAUGGGCUAUAGGAUAUCAACCAAAAGGCAUUGAAGUACAAAGCUUUGAGAAAAUUAAAAUUGAUGAUAGAAAAUCUUACAAGGAUUUUGAUCCAAGUGUACUUCAGGGGAGGACCGUAUACUCCACAAUACAAUGUCAGAACAAGGCAGGACUACUGUUCAGUUUAUCCUCAGAUGGAGUGACCGUUUUUGACCAGCCCCCAUCCAUGGCUUCUGCUGUGAUACAGACACGGCCAUUGUCAGUGACAGAAUACCCAGCUAUGGAUUAUUAUCAGAGUGUAGACAAUAAUCUGAGGAUUGUAUGGAGUGGAGUGUCAGACAAGAUUGGAGUACAACAGUACAAGAUAUCUGUGAACAGCAACAAGUACAAUUUGGAUGGUAUGGGGCUUACAUUUUCUGAUGCUCAAGAUGUGCUCUUUACCAGUGUUAGCAAUGUUGACCUUGGUCAAGGACAAACAAAUGUUACUCUCCAGGCUAUAAACAAACUCCUGGAGCGCAGCGUCCCUCUACAUUAUAAUCUGACCGUGGUCGCUGACAAGCCCAUCAAAGAUCCUUCCAAACAACUCUCAUUAAGCUGGCACGAUGGAAACAAAGAAUUUGUUGUAUCAUGGGAUGGGAUAUUUACCUCCGAUCAUCCGCUGAGGUUUGAAGUAUCAGCUGGAACUGCUCUGGGUGGGGGUAACGUCAUACAGUGGCAGGAGACCCGUGCCACCAGUAUUACAUUUGGACUUCCUGACUCGGUGACUGGUACCUCCCGACUCAAGGUCUACAUGAUUGUGCGUGCCAUAGCUGCUGGUGGGGACUACACUGAUAUACUAGGAACCAUCACUUUACCUGCCUAAUAAAGGCAUGACUCAGAUUCAACAUUCUUUUUUAUAAGGUUUGAAAAAUUUAUCUGAAAUUACAUUAUUACAAUCUGUACAAUGUAUAUAAAAUAUCAAUUUUAUUUUUUUAUCCCUUUACUUUUAGUAACAUGUUUUUGAUAUGUUAUUUUUUAUGCCCCCUAAUUUGAAGAUUCAGGGGUAUGUAGUUUUUUUUACUGUCCAUCCAUCUACAUGUAUCUAGCUGUCCUCUUAUGAGACCAUAAACUUAGAUCAAGGAAUAAAGUCAAAAUAUCAAACAUUACUUUUCAAAUAGUGUCCAUUUUAAACACACAUAGACCAUAUAUUGAUGCAAUUCUCCAUGCAUAUAUUUUUAUAGGAUUGUAUAUUUCUUUAAAAAUAAUUUUCAUCUAAUUUUAGUUAAGCUUUAUUCAUACAUAGACUAAUAAUGCAACUCUGUUUCUGAGGAAGAAGUUUUCUUAUAAUUACCUUCAUUUAAAGGAUAUUUUUCAACUUUGUUACUGUACAUAGGGCUUUCAAGAUGUUAGAAUUCUGUGAUGUUACAUAAUCUGUGAUAGGUCACUGAUAUAUUGUUAAUUGACUUGCUCAAUCCUGUUAAAUUUUUACUUAUUUUUUCUGUCAUUAAAAUUAACACAAUCAA